AUGCGACCGCUACCGGGCGGUGACGCCCUGUCUGCAUCUUCGUCGGCCAAGCCUCGCUCUCGCAAGUCGAGUGUGGAUCAGGCCGUCCCUCCAUCAAGCCAUGUCCCCACCACUUUCGUCAUGAAGCGGGUCGAAGACUUGGAGCCCAUAGCUGCUACACCGAGUGGCGCCGAAAGCAAAGGAAAGCAGCGAGAGCCUACGUUUGGGGUGCAGAGUCUGGCAGACACGCUCGAGGCUGCGUUUGGUGCGGAGCGCACUAUAGAAGCAGCAGUGAAAGGGGGGCCCGGUGACUCGAAGCAACCAGCCGAGGAGCCUCCAAGAAUAGAGACGCAUACCUCCUCAAAGGACUCUGCAAAGUCCACAGAAAGCCCCAAGACAUCACCAUCGAAGCAACCAAGCAGGAAUCUGUCCACUCCUGUUGCGCCGAUACCCUUCGCGCUGCCCAAGACGGAUGCGCCUUCUCCGAUGCCCAUGUCAAUUAGGUCGAGUCCGCGAGGAUCAGUGUCUAUGCAGUCACUGAAGCUAUCCGACGAAGAAGAGUCCAUGGCAGACGAGGUAGCGAGUCAGGCCAUAGCCUCUAGCGAUGAUGAUGAAGACGAAGAUGCGGACAUGGAGACACAACAAGGCGCCUCAGGCAGCUUUCCACAACUUGUCAUGCCCAGUAUACAGAUACCAAGGAGAAGACCAUUUACCACCAAAGGCAAAGCUAUGGGCAAGCUAAAGGUCCUUGUUGCCGGACCGUCUGGUAUUGGAAAGACGUCCCUCAUCCGGUCCAUUGUCCAGCUAUGCGAAGACAUUGUGCACGUUGACCCCCUCACCCCGCCUCACUCCGCCUCUCGGUCGACUACAGCAAAAUCGCCGUCUGGGAGGAAGAAGACCGAGUCUAUCCAAAUAAUUGAAGUCCACGCAAGUACCAAGCCAUAUCCGCAUUGGUGGACAGAUGUUGAUGAGAGCCGGAUUCUGCAAAGGAGGAAGAGCAGUGUAGACACAGUCUUGGAGAGAAACAUCUGCUUUGUAGACACGCCUGGCCUGUCGCAGCGCUCGACGGAUGAAGAGGUCAUGGGCAUGAUUAUGAAUUAUGUGGAGUCGUUGAUGUUUCAAACAGCAUCCGUCACUAAUCUAGGGGAUAGCGAUGUACUGGGUGUCGUCAGCGGGAGUGGAGGUGUUUUGGUUGACGCGGUGCUAUACCUCCUGCCACCUGACCAGGACAUUACCAGGGACAUGGAAUUUAUGCAACGCCUCUCUUUCCUCACUAAUGUGAUACCCGUCAUUGCAAAAGCAGAUACCGUCUCAGUUCAGGAUUUGGUAGCUCUGAAGACAUCCAUACUCGCUCGAUUGCAGAUAACUUCAGUUAGACCCUUCUUCUUUGGCAAGCCCCUGGAAGACGCCUUACUUGCAGUGCAAAGCUUACCGAUUCUGGCAAACUCACAAAACUCGGCAGCACAGCCAGAGCCGUCACAGUAUCCGUUCAGUACGCCGACGUAUCCAUUUGCGAUCUCGUCCACCCUUGGAUCGGACAACGACAUUAUGGAUGCAUCGCUACUCAUGUCCCCGGACUAUGUACAGCCCUUACUGCCUUCUGAGCUCUCCACGCUCGUCACACAGGUCUUUGAUCCAGAAUCCAUCUCCUGGCUCCGACACUCGGCAGCAAAGCGCUUCCUUGCAUGGCGCAAGGCCAAACUUCCCCGAGACUCGCACACCAACAACCCGCUGCAACACCCACAAAGCCCAACCACAGCUUCCCUCGGCCUCAAACGCACCCCUCCCCGUCCGGCGUCCUAG